UGUUCGCUGCCGGGCCGGUUCCUCCUGCCAUGUCGGCCUCCAAAAGAAAGAGCAGGGGGCGGCUGCCUCCCGAGAGCGGCUCCCCCAGCGUCCCCCCGGAGCCGGCAGAGCGGCCCCCUGCUCCGCUGACGCUGGCUGCUGCAGACUUCUUGGAAAAAGCAGAUGACAAAGUUCCUACAAUGUACAGAAGAGUCCUUGUGCAACUAGGACUCAACAGUAUGAAAUCAGCAAAUAUAUGCAUAGGUCGACCAGUCUUGCUUACCAGUACAGAUGGGAAACAAGAGGUCUGUACAGCUUGGCCAGUUGCAGGCUUCCCAGGAGGGAAAGUUGGCCUAAGUGGAAUCACCCAGAAGAAUCUGCGAGUGAAACCUGGUGAGGCAGUCACCGUUCAGCCUGUGGUCGGUGCAGUGGUGCAGGCAGAAGAAGUAGAUGUGAAGCUAAGGGACAAAGACGCCUGUAUUAAUGUUGAAGACUUGUCUGCCUGUCUUUUGCGAAAUCUAGAUGGGAAGAUAGUUUUGCCAGGCAACCUUUUGCAUCUCACCUUCUAUGGCAAACCUUGCAACUUGAUGGUGACGAGGGUGAAAGGAACGGAUGGGGCGCUGCUGAAAAUGCAGAGAAGUACUGUUUUCAGUGAAACACAAGAGCCAGUCCUUGGGAAGACUGACUUGGAGAGCAGUGCUCUAAACUUAUCUUUGCAGCUCAGAAAGUUGGACAUAGAAGACAACCAGGAAGGAGCAUCUACCAACACUCCAUGCAAGCCGAUGGCUCAAAGUUCACCAGUUACUUCAAAUGCUGUGAUGAUAGGGGGUGAGCAGGAUUAUGACCAGACAGAUGAGUUCUGUGCUGAGGGGAAUGUCAGAGACCUUAUUGAUUGUUCUGAAUCAGUCAGAGAUGAAGACAGUGUGAGAUUGCCACCCACUGGCAACACUGGAGCAAAAUGCAAUUUGGAUACAUUUUACUUCAUUUCUUCAAGAACUAGAGUCAAUUUCAUGGAGAAUCGGACCAUUGCAACAGAAGAACUUUACCUAUCUAACCUUACCUAUGACAUGAUAGGUGGUUUAAGGAGCCAGCUACAAACUAUUAGAGAAACAAUUGAACUGCCCCUGAAGCAGCCUGAAUUGUUUAAGUGUUACGGAAUUCCUCCUCCUAGAGGGGUGCUACUGUAUGGCCCCCCAGGUACUGGGAAGACCAUGAUUGCUAGAGCUGUUGCAAAUGAAGUGGGAGCCCAUGUUUCAGUUAUUAAUGGUCCUGAAAUUAUAAGCAAGUUUUAUGGUGAGACUGAAUCAAGAUUACGACAGAUAUUUGCUGAAGCCUCUCGACGUCGUCCGUCAAUUAUAUUUAUUGAUGAGCUGGAUGCACUCUGUCCGAAGAGAGAAGGGGCUCAGAAUGAAGUAGAAAAAAGAAUUGUAGCUUCAUUACUAACGUUGAUGGAUGGCAUUGGCUCAGAAGAUAGUGCAGGGCAACUUUUGGUACUGGGCGCAACAAACCGUCCGCAUGCACUGGAUGCAGCACUCCGCAGACCUGGGCGUUUUGAUAAAGAGAUAGAAAUCGGUGUCCCCAAUGCCCAGGACCGAUUCGACAUCCUCAGAAAACUUCUUAAUAAGGUUCCUCAUCUGUUGACUACAACAGAGUUGGUGCAGCUGGCUGAUAGUGCACAUGGCUAUGUGGGAGCAGACUUGGCAGCCUUGUGCAAAGAAGCAGGUUUGUGUGCUUUGCGGAGAGCACUGGGAGAAAAAGCUAACCUGUUAGACAGUGAGGUGGCUGGGUCAGUGAUGAUUACUCUCAAUGACUUCCUGCAGGGGAUGAAUGAUGUCAGGCCCAGCGCCAUGAGGGAGGUGGCUAUUGAUGUGCCAAAAGUAGUCUGGUCAGACAUAGGAGGACUGGAAACUGUCAAAUUGAAAUUGAAGCAGGCAGUGGAAUGGCCCCUCAAGCAUCCUGAAUCCUUCAUCCGAAUGGGGAUUCAGCCACCCAAAGGAGUACUACUUUAUGGACCUCCUGGAUGCUCAAAAACAAUGAUAGCGAAAGCUUUGGCCAAUGAAAGUGGCCUAAACUUCUUGGCGGUGAAGGGACCUGAAUUAAUGAAUAAAUAUGUUGGUGAAUCUGAACGAGCAGUGAGAGAGAUCUUCAGGAAAGCCAGAGCUGUGUCACCUUCCAUUCUUUUCUUUGAUGAAAUAGAUGCCUUGGCAGUUGAAAGAGGGAGGUCUUCAGGUGCUGGGAAUGUAGCAGACCGUGUCUUGGCUCAGCUGUUAACAGAAAUGGAUGGGAUAGAACAGUUAAAGGAUGUGACAAUUUUGGCAGCUACAAACCGACCAGAUAUGAUAGACAAGGCUUUAAUGAGACCUGGAAGAAUUGACAGAAUCAUCUAUGUGCCCUUGCCAGAUGCCAAAACUCGUAGAGAAAUCUUUAAACUUCAGUUUCGCUCAAUGCCCAUCAGUGAUGAAGUCUGCUUAGAGGAGCUCGUCCUGCAGACACAGAAGUAUUCAGGAGCAGAGAUAACAGCAGUCUGCAGAGAAGCAGCCCUUCUAGCCCUUCAGGAAGAUAUACAGGCCAAAUGUAUUAUGGGACGACAUUUUCAACAUGCAUUGAGUAUUGUGACCCCUAGAAUUCCUGAGUCGCUAAGACAGUUUUAUGAAGAUUAUCAGCGGCAGAGUGGACUACAUACACUUUGAGAAAUUAACGUGUGCAUUUUCACACUCAUUGUAUGUGUGUGUGUGUGUGUGUGUGUAUGUGUGUGUAUAUAUAUAUAUAAUAUACACACACACUCAUUUCACCUGUAUACAGCAAAUUUUCUUUACAUUCUUGAGAGCUUAGGAAUUUCUCAUUGUAAAUGGAAUGUCUGAAAUGAACUCCAUUGCAGAAAUUUCAUAGUAGAAGUCUUUUGUGUUGAUUGUGAACUAUGUGAAUGCAAUGGAAAUGGUUGAAAAUUUUGUACUUUAUAAUAAAAUGGUAUAAUCUGCAUUAUUAU